AUGGACGCACAUCGAGAAGCGAUUCAGAAACAGAUACACCAGGAUUGGGCAAAUCGAGAAUACAUCGAAGUGAUAACGGCGAGCAUCAAGCGAAUCACGGAUUUUCUCAACUCGUUCGAUAUGUCUUGCCGAUCCCGGUUGGCGGUUCUCAACGAGAAACUAACGACGCUAGAACGAAGAAUCGAUUACCUGGAAGCGUGCGUCACGAAAGGAGAAACAUUACAAUAG